UUUGCCCAUAAUAUAUAACGGCCCGUGCGUAAGUCCUGUCCUUUCCCUUCUUCCGUCAGCUAGGAGAAGCAACCUCUCCAGUUCCUCAUCACGACCUUGUAAAAUUGUAUCAGAUUCACUGCUUCGGGAAACCACAAGGGAACAAAACAUGUCUAAAGGACCAGCAGUUGGUAUUGAUCUCGGGACCACCUACUCCUGUGUUGGAGUCUUUCAACAUGGGAAGGUUGAAAUUAUUGCCAAUGACCAGGGCAACAGAACAACACCGAGCUAUGUGGCCUUCACAGAUACUGAGAGGCUGAUUGGUGAUGCAGCUAAGAACCAGGUUGCAAUGAAUCCAACCAAUACAGUCUUUGAUGCCAAGCGAUUGAUUGGCAGGAGAUUUGAUGACUCUGUUGUACAGUCUGACAUGAAACACUGGCCAUUUAUUGUGGUUGACGACAACACUCGCCCCAAGGUCCAAGUUGAAUACAAGGGUGAAACGAAAUCCUUCUACCCAGAGGAGAUCUCUUCAAUGGUGUUGACAAAGAUGAAGGAGAUUGCAGAAGCUUAUCUUGGAAAAUCUGUCCACAAUGCUGUAAUUACGGUACCUGCCUACUUCAACGACUCCCAGCGUCAGGCCACAAAGGAUGCUGGUACCAUCUCUGGUCUCAAUGUUUUGCGUAUCAUCAAUGAACCAACUGCAGCUGCUAUUGCUUAUGGGUUGGACAAAAAAGUUGGGGCCGAGAGGAAUGUGCUCAUCUUUGACCUUGGUGGGGGCACCUUCGACGUGUCUAUUUUGACGAUUGAAGAUGGAAUCUUUGAGGUCAAGUCGACCGCUGGUGAUACUCACCUUGGUGGAGAAGAUUUCGACAACCGCAUGGUGAACCACUUCAUCGCAGAGUUCAAGCGCAAGUACAAGAAAGACAUCAGCGACAACAAGAGAGCUGUCCGACGUCUCCGCACAGCGUGCGAGAGGGCGAAGCGCACCCUGUCUUCCAGCACUCAGGCCAGCAUUGAAAUCGACUCUCUGUACGAGGGAGUUGAUUUCUACACCUCCAUCACUCGAGCUCGCUUUGAGGAGCUCAACGCUGACCUCUUCCGCGGCACCUUGGACCCAGUGGAGAAAUCACUCCGUGACGCCAAAAUGGACAAAGGGCUGAUUCAUGAUAUUGUCUUGGUUGGUGGCUCUACUCGUAUCCCCAAGAUCCAAAAGCUGCUCCAGGACUUUUUCAAUGGCAAAGAGCUGAACAAGAGCAUCAACCCAGAUGAAGCUGUUGCCUAUGGUGCUGCUGUCCAGGCUGCCAUCCUGUCAGGUGACAAGUCUGAGAAUGUUCAGGACUUGCUGCUUCUGGAUGUCACCCCUCUUUCUCUGGGCAUUGAGACAGCGGGAGGUGUCAUGACUGUCCUGAUCAAGCGUAACACCACCAUUCCUACCAAGCAGACUCAAACCUUCACCACUUACUCGGACAACCAGCCAGGUGUGCUCAUUCAGGUAUAUGAAGGUGAACGUGCCAUGACCAAAGACAAUAACUUGUUGGGAAAGUUUGAGCUGACUGGCAUCCCUCCAGCCCCUCGUGGUGUGCCUCAGAUUGAGGUGACAUUCGAUAUUGAUGCUAACGGCAUCAUGAAUGUCUCUGCAGUCGACAAGAGCACGGGCAAAGAGAACAAGAUUACCAUCACAAAUGACAAGGGACGUCUCAGUAAGGAUGAUAUUGAGCGCAUGGUUCGGGAAGCGGAGAAGUACAAGGAGGAGGAUGAUGUCCAGCGUGACAAGGUGUCCGCUAAGAAUGGCCUGGAAUCGUACGCUUUCAACAUGAAGUCAACAGUGGAUGAUGAAAAGCUCGCUGGCAAAAUUAGUGAUGAAGACAAGAAAAAUAUAUUGGACAAAUGCAAUGAGGUUAUCAGCUGGCUUGACAAGAACCAGACUGCUGAGAAGGAUGAAUAUGAGCACCAACAGAAGGAACUGGAGAAGGUGUGCAACCCCAUCAUCACCAAGCUGUACCAGAGUGCUGGAGGCAUGCCAGGUGGUAUGCCAGAAGGCAUGCCAGGUGGAUUCCCUGGUGCCGGUGGUGCUGCCCCUGGUGGUGGAUCCUCUGGCCCAACCAUUGAGGAAGUUGACUAAACAUUCCAUCACAAGCAAACUUGCUAUGUCUACGAAAAAAGUAGCCCUCUUGUAGCACCAUCAUGCUAAAGAGUGUAAUUGUAUUGUUAAAAUGGGGUUCAGGUUUGUUUCUUUGUUUGCAACAUGAAUGACUGAAAGGGAGGCACUGUUUUUUUUUUUUUUUUUAAUAAUAUGCAUGUUGAUUGCCUUGAAUAAAACUUGUAACCCUUA